AUGCUCAUUUCAUGUCUAGGUCCUCGGAUGAAUAUGAACGUAAUCGAUCCCCUUCGCACCGGAGUGGACGACACUUGCACCGAAGUGAGCUCGCGGGCAGCAGGCACUCCACCUCAGCCAACGCCUGUGGUUCCGCCUUCUGUAAUCCCAGACGCCAAGUCUGCUAAAGGAAGCAAUCCGGUCGCUAGUGAUCUCUCCCUACAGCACAGCUCAUCGGUUCACUUGUCUGGACAAGUGGCCGUUAGUGGCAGUAUCGAAGAGACGCCCACCACCAUGCCUGCUAACACUUCGGCCGGCAUUGGUAACCUAGGCGACUCGAUCAUCAACGCUUCGUUCAGAACGGUCCUCACAAUUGUUUCCACCGCAGACGACCUGAUGCAUGUCCUCGGCCAGCGGACAAUAGAUGCAGUCUGUCAGGCGGUGCGAUCAAGUCUUGACCAACUCUGGAGCCUGCUGGCCUGUCGUGAAGCUACACUUGCCCUCAAGGACGUACCACUUGGAAAGAUUGUGAAAAAAGGUUUGUCAGCCAUUUUGAAUUAUCUUCAGGAUAUCUCUGCAAUACCUGGUUGGUUUGUAUUUGUACAUCUCCAUGCAUGGCUUUUGUCGAUACCUCAGAAUUUGCAAUGCCUUACGUUUUGCUACUAA